ACGAAAUCUAGCAGAAUCUUAACAUUAUGCCGGAGAAUACGAACCACAAGGCGCCCGCGUGGCUGACCGAGGAAUACGUGGAGAAAAGGUUAAGAGUCUACUUCAAGAAUGACACCCUAAGUCUGAAGAAACUGGUGAUCAAGCCGGGUACAGCAAAUGGAGAGAACUACGCCAGCGUGAUGACCCGCAUCAAUGUGGAGUACACUACCAGCGAUUCAAAGGAUAUCCAGCCCGCAACCUUUCUGCUGAAGACGACCUUCGCCGACAAAGAUCCUGCGGCGCAUUUGCUCAUCAACUACGGCAUCUACACCAGGGAGAUCGACAUGUACGAGGUGGUACUGCCCCGCUUGGCGGAUAUUGUGAGGAAUGAGCUCCACGAUUCCCGGAAGUUGUUUGCAGCUACUGUGAGUGCUGAUCGUGAGCGGGACUCGAUUAUGUUCGAGGACCUUUCGCUGGAGAGGUAUAAGGUUGCCUGCAGGGUAAGCAAACUGGAUCUGGAGCACACUCAUCUGGUUCUCGAGAAACUGGCUGAUUUCCAUGCAGCUGGAGCAGCUCUGGCUGAGCGUCAGCCUGGUAUCUUUGAAAAGAACUACGACCGUGGAUUUUUCAACCAACAUGUGCGAGGCUACGAACCCGUCAUGAAAAAUAUCCUUAAAGCCUUGUCGCGCACCCUCGAAUUGAGUCAGGAUCUUAAGCAGCGUUACCAGGCGAAGAUCGACAGGUUAAUUGAAAAUGUAAUGGACUACGGCGAGAGGUCGACUUCCUUCGCUCCCGGCGACUUUGUGACUUUGGCUCACGGAGAUAUUUGGACUACCAAUGUCAUGUUCCAGUACGAUGACGAGGGUCAUCCAGUUAAUGCCAUCUUCAUCGACUUCCAGUUCAGCGUUUGGAAUUCUCCGGCCAUUGACCUGCACUACUUCUUCUCAACCUCAAUCCACGAAAAUCUUCGUCUCGAGCACCAGACCGAGCUGGUCCAGUUUUACUACUAUAAGUUAGUGGAGGCUCUAAAAAAGGUGAAGUAUACUGGUAAGGUACCCACUUUAUUUGCGUUCCAACAACAGUUUCGAGCCAAAGCUUUUUAUGCUGUGUUUUCGUCGUUGAUUUUCGAGCCCGCCAUGGUCUACAAUGGCAAGGAGGAGCCCACCAUUGAGCAGUUCAUCAGCAGCGAUGAGAAAGGAUUGCGGAUAAGGGAUGCCAUGUACCAGACGGAGGAGAACCUGAAGAAGUUGCACCUGAUUCUACCGUUCCUUGAUCACCAGGGAUUACUAGACGAGAUGUAAGAAUAUGUGCCACUCAAUAAAUAAAUAAAUAAAAAUUAGUUAUAGUCAACUAAUAAAA